CCGGGCCCGGGCACCGCGAGGAGCUGGGCUGCUGCAGCUGCCACGAGCGGUCAGGCUGGGGACCACAGGGCCUGAGGAUGAAGCUGAGCCCUCCACCACGCUGGCCCUUGUCCUGCUUCCUUGUGCUGCUGCGCUGGCCUUUGGCUACGCCAACAUCAACAACCCCUUGGCAGUGCCCACCCGGGGAGGAGCCCAGCCUGGACCCCGGGCAGGGCACAUUAUGCAGGUCCUGCCCCCCGGGCACCUUCUCAUCCUCGUGGGGCUCUAGCCCAUGCCAGUCCCACUCCCGCUGCAGCCUUCGAGGGAGGCUGGAGGCCCAGGCGGGCACAGUGACUCAAGACACACUAUGUGGAGACUGCCAGCCUGGGUGGUUUGCUCCGUCAGAGGUGCCCCAUGUUCCCUGUCAGCCAUGCUCCUGGACACCUCUAGGUCCUCACAGUUGUUAUGAACAGAGAUGGCGGACCCGACGUGGUGUGGAGGUGGCAGCAGGGGCCAGCAGCACUGGGGAGACACGGCAGCCUGGGAACGGCACACGGGCAGGCAGCCCCGAGGAGACGGCUGCCCAGUACGCAGUUAUUGCCAUCGUGCCUGUCUUCUGCCUCAUGGGGCUACUGGGCAUCCUGGUCUGUAACCUGCUCAAGCGGAAGGGCUACCACUGCACAGCCCACAAGGAAGUUGGGCCUGGCCCUGGCGGUGGAGGCAGUGGGAACAACCCUGCCUACUGGGCUGAGGACGCCACUGAGGAGGACACCAUCGGGGUCCUGGUGCGCCUGAUCACAGAGAAGAAAGAGAAUGCAGCGGCCCUGGAGGAGCUGCUGAAGGAGCAUCACAGCAAACAGCUGGUACGAACCAGCCACGGGCCUGUACCCAGGCUGCCACCUGGACCCCCCAGCAUGCCGCACAUCUGUCCACAUCACCACCACCUCCACACUGUGCAGGGCCUGGCCUCGCUGUCUGGCCCCUGCUGCUCCCGUUGUAGCCAGAAGAAGUGGCCUGAGGUACUGCUGUCCCCUGAAGCUGCAGCUGCCACCACUCCCACUCCCAGACUCCUGUCCAACCCAGCCAGGGCUCCCAAGGCUGGAGCCAAGGCAGGACGCCAGGGCGAGAUCACCAUCUUGUCGGUGGGCAGGUUCCGCGUGGCCCGGAUUCCUGAGCAGCGGACAAGUUCAUUGGCCUCUGAGUUGAAGACCAUCACAGAGGCUGAGCCCUCAGUGGGUGAUUUCACUGACUCCCCACAACCUGGGCUUCCCACUGAACAGCAGACACUACUGGGAAGUAAUGGAAGCCAUACUAAGUGGCCAAAGCCCCCAGCAGAGAAGAAGGCUGAGGAGAAUCGCUAUGUGGUCCGGCUAAGUGAGAGCAACCUGGUCAUCUGAGAGGCUGUCUUGUUGGAGGACACUGCAGGCCUGUCCUGGGAAGUUCUGAAGGCUUCCUGGAGGAGGCAGAGCUGCAACUGAGCCCACAAGGAUCAAGAAGCAAUGACCCAGCAGACAACACAGCAAAGGCUAAGGCCUGGAGGUGGGAGUGUCUGCCCCAGUGAGGAGGCAGGCCACAGGCGCCAUGUACAAGAGCAAGUUGAAAGUCCCACCCUGUUCCUGCCACCCAGUUUCUUCCCUGCAGGAUGCCCCCGUGCCCUGGUCAGAUCCCAGGAGCCCACAGGAUCCUCUGUACCACCAGGAGGCUAGUCCUUAAUGGUGGGGAGGGGCCCUCUGCUUGGCACCCCUGGCCCCACAUCUUGGUAAUUAGUCACCUCCUGUCUCUGUGCAGGGCCCUGGAGCAGAUGUACCUCCCUUUGUCUUCUGGCAGGACCUGUAAGGAGAAAGGGCAACACAAUGCCAUGGGCUGGGAGUCUGAGUUCCUGGGUUCUAAUCCCAGGCAAGUCCCUGGCCAUCACUGGGUCCUAAGUUUUCUGACUGAAGUCUCAGUGCCCAGGGCCUCUCCAGCUCCCUGCAGGCCCUGGGCUGGGUCGUGGUGGGUGCUUGCCUCCUUGCCACCCCUCCCACCAGAUUUUUUUCUGGCCCCAUGUUUGCUGCUUCCAGGGCCUUCACUUUCCAGGCCCCCAUGGGGCUGCCCAUCUAUGGCUCUGCCUACAAAAGGAACUUAAUGCAUGUGCCUCCCCCUCCCGUGUUUUUUUUUGUUUGUUUUUUUGUUUUUCAAUUGAAAAAACAGACCUGACCUGGGUGAGGCUCAGCCACCCCCAAGAUAUCAGGGGCUUUUGGGGAGGGGUGUGAUAGGCUAGAGAGGCAUCUCUGACCUAGGUGGUUUGUAUCCCUGUGGUGUUAGUGCCUCUGUCCCCUAGUGUGGGCAGUGCGGGCAACUGCCCAGCCUGUCUCCACCCUGGCUCAGCAACUUGGUUAUUUAUGUGGGGCCGUGCAGGCAUGGGCCCCACUGUUGUCCCCAUUUCUUAUUUAUUGACACUUUGCUGUUGUCUUGUCCUUGUGUCUCCAUCCCCAUCCAUUUGCUGAAUAAAAGGUGGGAUAGUUGUGUCAUGAGGAACUUCUUUCCCCUGUGCCUCUCCCCAGGUCGUCUGUCCGUUCGCUGAAUAGCUCUGUUAGGCACUGAGUGGCACAGGCCAUCCUUCCCCUCCAGGUGCCUUCUCUGUGGCAGCAGGUGAAGUGGGGCCAGUUCUCACUGAAGCCCCUAGAGGCAGUGCUAUCCAGUGGAAUACAGCUUGUGCCGUGUAUGUAAUUAACAUUCUUCUAACAGCCACAUUUUAAAGUAAAAAGAAACAGGUGAAGUUAAAUUUAAUGAUAUCAAUAAUGUAGUCUGUUUAACGCAGUAUAUAUCUAAAAUAUUUUCAUUUCAAUACAUCAUCAGUAUAAAAAUGUGAUUGAGCCAUUAAUAUUUUUUGCUUUGAAC